UAAUGUGUGUGUAUAACUUCAUAUCGAACGAAGUAGCAGCGAAAAAUGCGAAAGCAAAAUCUGAAUUUAUUGAAAGGAUAAAGUCUAGACCGUCUUGCAAAUUAAACUGAAAAAAUAUUAUUAACCGUACAUCUUCCUGAACUUUUCUGGCAAAAUUUGUUGUAAAAGUUUUAGUAAAAUCGCAGUCAAAAUUUUACAGUUGUAAUAAAAAAGUUUCAAUAAAUCCGAAGCAAAAGCAAAAUAAGUGAGAAGUGAACGUGAAAAGUAGAAAAUUGCCAACAACCCAGGGUAUAAAAAGUGAAAAUAUAGAUCUCGGGAUUUUCUUUAUAUAGCACAGAAUUACCAGCAAAAAAUAUGGGUAAUGAAACUUCUUUGCCCAUGGAGAUGUGCUCCAACUUUGAUGCCGAUGAGAUACGACGGCUAGGCAAACGUUUUCGCAAACUCGAUUUGGAUAAUUCGGGUGCAUUGAGUGUUGAUGAAUUUAUGUCAUUGCCAGAAUUGCAACAGAAUCCAUUGGUGCAACGUGUCAUCGACAUCUUUGAUGCGGAUGGUAAUGGAGAAGUCGAUUUCAAAGAGUUCAUUCAGGGUGUCUCACAGUUUAGUGUGAAAGGUGACAAACUGUCAAAGUUACGCUUCGCCUUCCGCAUUUACGAUAUGGAUAACGAUGGUUACAUAUCGAAUGGUGAACUGUUUCAGGUGUUGAAAAUGAUGGUGGGCAAUAACCUGAAAGAUACACAAUUGCAACAGAUUGUUGAUAAGACGAUUUGCUUCGCCGAUAAAGACGAAGAUGGGAAAAUCUCGUUUGAUGAGUUUUGCUCGGUUGUUGGUAAUACAGAUAUUCACAAAAAAAUGGUUGUUGAUGUUUAAAGACCACACUAAUGCUACAAUUUAAUAUAUUUUAUAAAGAUGCAAUUAAUUUUUUGCAAUUUUUAAACUGUUUUUACGAAUUAAUUUUUUCAAUCUCGAAAUAAUUGUAUACAUUUUUUUUUUAUUCUUAAAAGUAUUUUUAUAUUGUUUUGUUGAAAAUCGUUUUAAAGUUUCUAGAAGAAUAUUAUCGUGUUUAAAAAAAAAAAUGCUUUCUACAGAUAUUAUGAUAAGCUUGAUGAACAUAAUAACAUAGAGUGUAACUUUAAUUUAAAACAGUACCAACACAAAAGAACAAAUGAAUGCGUUACAUAUUUCACAAAAUAUUAAAUACGAAGAGAAAAAUCCAAUAAGCUGAGCAUAAUGACUUGUUGAGCUCUCAUCAGAAGACGCUGUCAAAAUUCAAAAAUUAAUAAGUCAGUAAAAGGAACAUAGCUCAUGCGAAAGUAUAAAAUUGUAAACGUUAAUAAUUUAAUAUAAAUCAAAUCAUCAUUGUCUUGUAACGAGUUUAAUAAGUUGAACACAGAUAUAAAAAGUAACAGGGCUUUCAUCAAACGUGCAAUAUAUUGAUAAUUAAUUAACUGCAAAAAUUAAACGGAUGGCGUGAAUACUAAAACAGUUUUAAAUAUUAACUUAAACCAUGGACUUAUUUUAAGAUUGUAUAUAAACCUUUACUGCGAUUUACUCUGCAAUUGCAUAUGUUCUUGUUUUACACUGAAGCUAGUCAAAUACAGUUGUUUUUAUAAAAAAUAACUGAAUAAAUAAAAAUGCAUGCAAAAUCUUUUGAACCGAACCUCGAAACCCCGAAAACUCAAAAGGAUCGCAACUGCUCCUUAAAAAUUUUAAAUAGUCAAAAAAGUCUCAAAAGAACUUAACCGAUUUCCGAGUUUCCUCUAUGGUUAUUAAAUAGAAUGUAAAUAAAACAAGGCAAAUUAGGGGUAAUGAAAUGAAACUGGAACUAAUGUAUCGGAAAGCAACUGGAAAUCUGCUUUUGUUGUUAUUAGUAUAGAGCUGAUACCCAGUUUCACCAAUCAAUUUUAAACUUAUCGGACUGCUAAAGUUUAAAAUAGCAGAGUUUCGUAUUGAAAUUGUAAUAGUCUAUUGAAUUUUAAAAUUGAUUGGUAGAACCAGGCAUAAAAUUACAAUUUUUGGUUUUGGUUUUUCUUUUCAACUUUUCACUUUGUGCCAUGCAAUAAGUCGAGAAUUACCAAUCAAUUGCAAUAAUUUGUUUCGAACCUCGCACAGUAAAUAAAAACGAUGAAACGCAUUAUCAAUACAUAUAACUGAUAGAAAGUAAACCUGAAAAUAUUUUGUAUGUCAUUUAAGAAUGUUUUUCUUUUUUGGGAAAUGAACAAAUAAUUGCACGUCCUGAAUAGAACUCCAACAUCAAAAUAGUUAUAAUCUCCUUAAUAAGUCGUUUUGAAAACGCAAGUUAUCGUUAUUUUAACUCAACAAUUUCGGAAAUAAAAGGAUACAUUUUUUAUCAUCAUAAUUUCAAGCAAUCACAUUUGUUAACUAGUUUUUCCCUGAAAACGCAAUUAAAUGUGAAAGCGCAAAAAGUGGCUCUGUUAUGUAAUUAUUCAAAUCUGAAAAGAAAUUUACAGGCUUUUAAAUUUAUUUUCGUUUUGUAUUUGGAGAGUAUUAAAAGGAGAAAUUUUAUAUAAGAAAAGUGGAAACAAGUAGAGAAAACUGUAGAAAAGUUUCGCAUCAUGCGUUCAAAAUCGAAAGCAACACAAUCUUCUCUUGCAAUAUUAUUGUAUGAAUAUGAUAAAUAAAAAAAAUUAAGCAAAUAAAAAAAAUACUGAAUAUCUUUUUAGCUUUUGUUAAGUACUUUGUAGCGAAUAUAUAAUUAAUAUAAGCGCUGAGGUAGGUGGCAAUUUUCAUAACAAGAAUGUUAUUAAAAAAACGUGUAUGAAAUGUUAUUGUCAUAAUUUUUUUCUUAAUGCAAAUGGAAUUAGAUAAAGAUAUAAUAAAUUGUAGCAAAUAAACAAAUUUCUAAAACUAGCAAAAUUUCAACAAGUGUGAAACUUUUAAAAUCUGCAUGUUUUAAAUGUUAAAUUUGUAUUAUUUCUUAUUCAUUUUUGGUUAGUUUUCAUUUAACGAUUUCAUAUUUAGUAUAAAAAUGUAUAUGUUUAAAUUGGUAUUUGAUAUUCUUAUAAUUUUAUUAAAGGCCAUAAACUAAACUGAUUUUCUACUUACCCUAGAAUAUUAAGAAAAUUAAUAUAAUAUACACUUUGCUCUUCAAAACUAUAUUUGUAUUUCUGCCUUAACAUCAUGAAUCUGAAAAUCAAACAAUAAAAUUUCACACCAAUGUUAACGCUAAUUGAAAAUUUCAAGAGCGAGCAAUGGUUUAAAAAAUAUUAAAAAAUACAAAAAUGCAUACGUAUAUAAUAAAAACAGUUUAAAACUUAAUUAUGCACAUUGUAAAAGUACACAUGAUAAACUUUUUCUAAUGUACGUGGAAAAAGCACUUUAACUAUGAAUUAUUUAAAAAAUUAACUUAAUAAAAAAUAUUGAAUUGAGAAAUUAGAACUUAAGUAAAUUCAUCAAACCAA